AUGGACAGGGGGAAUUGGAGCCAGGUAACAGAGUUUAUCAUCUUGGGCUUUCCCCAUCUUCAGGGUGUCCAGGUUUAUCUCUUUCUCUUGUUACUUCUAAUUUACCUCACUACUAUCCUGGGAAACCUGCUGAUAUUCCUGUUGGUCUGCCUGGACUCCCUGCUCCACAUACCCAUGUACAAAUUUGUCAGCAUUCUCUCCUUAUUGGAACUUGGCUACACAGCUACCACCAUCCCCAAGAUGCUGUCAAACUUGCUCAGUGAGAAGAAGACCAUUUCUUUCUCUGGAUGUCUCCUGCAGAUCUAUUUCUUUCACUCUCUUGGGGCUACUGAGUGCUAUCUCCUCACAGCUAUGGCUUAUGACAGGUACUUAGCCAUCUGCCAGCCCCUCCACUACCCCACCCUCAUGACUCCAGAACUCUGUGCCAAGAUUGCUGUUGGUUGUUGGUUGGGAGGCUUGGCUGGGCCAGUGGCUGAAAUUUCCUUGGUCUCUCGCCUCCCUUUCUGUGGCCCCAAUCACAUUCAGCACAUCUUUUGUGAUUUUCCUCCUGUGCUGAGCUUGGCUUGUACUGACACAUCUAUCAAUGUCUUAGUGGACUUUGUUAUCAACUCCUGCAAGAUCCUGGCCACCUUCUUGUUGAUCCUCAGCUCCUAUGUGCAGAUCAUCUUCACAGUGCUCAGGAUUCCUUCGGCUGCGGGCAAGAGGAAAGCCUUCUCCACGUGUGCCUCCCACCUCACUGUGGUUCUUAUCUUCUAUGGCAGCAUCCUCUUCAUGUAUGUGCGGCUGAAGAAGAGCUACUCACUGGACUACGACAGGGCUCUGGCAGUGGUCUACUCUGUGCUCACGCCCUUCCUCAAUCCCUUUAUCUACAGCUUGCGCAACAAGGAGAUCAAGGAGGCUGUGAGGAGGCAGUUAAAGAGGGCAGGGAUACUGAAGUGA